AUGUCCUUUGUGGAUCAACACCAAUCCAUUUCUUGUUCCAAAGUUACGGCCACCAGCGGUGGAUCUUCAUGUAAUGACAAUACCCAUAAAUCUCCAAAGCGUGAGAGAAAGAACACCCUUCGAAUUCUUAUUCAUGCGACCAAGCAAUUGUUAACCUCUCCUUCGACCUCCCCAAUCUUGUUCGAGGAACCGGGUUCUUCCCCGUCUCCCAUCAAUGCCGAAUCCACAUAUUUUUCUUUUCCUGAGUACGAGACCUACGACUACGACGAGAUGAAUGUCAAGAUCGAUGACUCCCUUGAUUCUCGGGGUGAGGUCGAGAAUAUGGUAGUUCAAAUGGUAAAAUUCGACGAAAUGCUGGUUAACGGUGUCCGGGUUCUCGCCGCUAUUUAA